CCCUACCCAUGAGUGGGAAAAAUUGGUACUAGGGUUUAGCGAUUUCUUGGAAAACAAUGAAUCGGGACAAAUAUCUUACUCUUAAACCCUAGCCCUUUUCUUGAAAGCCCUAAAAUUUGGGAGCGAGCGAGGGAGUAAUACAAUGGGUGGUUCAAGGAGAAAGUACAAGCGAUCGAAGCCGAAAGUACGAGUCGGAUUGCCGAAGAAAAAUCCUCACAUAUUCAAGCCGGCAUUCAAUCUUCCUCCGAAAUUGAAAUCUCUUCUGGACCCCCUUUCGCAAUGGGAUGAGAAGGCCAGCGUCAUCGAGAAUUACAAGUCAUUCGGCGUUGUUUCGAAUCCCAAUUUCCUAGGCGUACGGUCCCGUACACCUCACAUCGUCGAGAGUGAUGCUCUCCAGGUGCCUCCCUCUGGGGACGGCGUCGUAUCUGAGUUCGAGCCUAUUGAAAGCGGCAGCGACCUCGAAGAAGAUGACUUAAAAUCAGCUCUAGGAAAGAAGCGGACUGAUGGCAAACACACGCCCCUUCAACCACUUACAGCCAUGCAACGGAUUCAUGUAGGCUGCCUGGUGGAGAAAUACGGGGAUGAUUAUCAGAGCAUGUUCAUGGAUACCAAACUGAACAAGAUGCAACAUUCAGUAGCAACACUUGAGAAACUAUGCAAACGUUAUCAUAUGCACAAAGAUAAAAACCCCUUGAUUGUGGGAUCUUGAAAGCGAUUGAUUCAAACAAGAAAAUACGCUGCUGGUUGUGCAGCUGUGAACUCAGCCUCUAUCUCAUCAACUCUUCUAGUUGCUGGUUUCAGUUGAUCAGAUUCUCAUGUGUAAUCUUUAUAAUUUUGUUACUGAUGAUUUGAAUUACUGAAAUAGUAUAUGUUCUUAGAUUAGUGGUUAACUUUCGUGUCCUUGUGAUCUGUGCUCUGUGGAUGUUGGCAUUCACACGCCUGGUAAUUGAAAAUUUAUGGUGUACUUUUCCUAAGUUAGGGGCUUAAAGAACUCGAUGUCAAUGUUCUAAUGUUAUUCAUGGGGGCGUAAGAAUUAGCUCAAA